ACCCACAUUGCUAGGACCAGACUACUUCGUUCUAAUAAAACUAUCACUGCGUAUUAUAUAUAUAUUAUGUGCGUUUAUUUUAUAAGCUGUUUGUUAAUAAAGCGGAACUGAAAACAAUUUCGUCACCGCCCACAAAUGUGAAAGUGAAACCAAAAGUGGCAGUCCGACAUGCUAUGGCGCUCUUAAAGGAUUGAUAAAAACAGCUUAUGUUUACAUUUAAAGAUGGUGCCCAAGACUCAACCCUUAUCCACUGCUACAUUAAUAGCACUUAUCUAUCUGCUGUGCUGUGAUCUUAUCCUCUGGGUUUGUGUAUGGGCUGUGUUGCUGAGGUUGGAUGGAGAAGGCAGCCUGGAUAUAAGGUGCCUGUGGGCUUUCAGGACCAUCAGCUGGGCUCUGCUUUAUUCAGUGAGCACACUGGUUGCUGACAACAGUGUCCAUUCCCUCCUGAAGAGAUGGGUAGCCUUAUUGAGCUUCUUACCUGCGGUGUUUGACAGUGUACAGACAAUGCUGCCUGGGACUGUAAGAGGUUUUAGCCCUGUUCCUGAUCCUGGCAUGGUGAUCCUGAGCUCUGCCACAUCUACUAUUGUAUAUAUGGUGCUGGAGAUGGCCUUCCCACGUGGUGGAUCAGCUAAGGGUGCCAGAAACCAGAAAAAAGAUGAAGAAGCCAAAGCUCUCCUGAAAAGAGUAAUUUGGUACUCCAGACCAGACUAUUUUCAUCUAGGGACUGCCUUCCUCUUCCUCAGCCUGGCAGCGUUGUUUGAGACGUUCAUUCCAUACAGUGUUGGAAAAGUUAUUGACUUACUGAGUGGAAAAUACCAACACAAGAACUUUUUGUGGGCUGUUGGACUCAUGGCACUUUGCUCACUAGGAAGUUCUAUGUUCGGUGGUCUGCGUGGGGGGAUGUUCAUGUGUAGCCUCAGCAGACUCAACAAAAGAAUCCGACACAUGCUGUUUCAAAACCUCAUGAAACAGGAGAUAAACUUCUUCGAAGAAAACAAACCAGGAAGUCUCAGUUCACGUUUGGUCUCUGACACGGAUAAGAUGGGCCGUUCUGUCGCCAUGAACGUAAACGUGUUACUGCGCAGUCUGGUGAAAACAUGUGGCAUGCUGUACUUUAUGCUGGGCCUGUCCUGGCAGUUAACACUCCUCACAUGCAUAGAGAUGCCUGUUCUUGCUUUCAUUCAAAAUUCAUACAACAACUUCUCACAGAAAACAUCCAGAGAAAUUCAGGACUGCAAUGCAGAGAUUGGGAAUUUGGCGUCUUCUGUCAUUGGGUCUAUAAAGACGGUACGCAGUUGUAAAGCAGAGGCUCAGGAGAAGAGAAGAUAUGAACAGGCUUUGAACAAUAAGCUUCAGUUGUUGAAACGAAAGGGCAUCUACAGUGCUGUUCACCUUUUAAUACGAAGGUUUAUUACAUUGGGCUUGAGGGUGGCAAUGCUGUUCCAAGGUCGAAAUCUCAUCUCCUCUGGACAGCUAAGCAGUGGCAGCCUCCUUGCAUUCGUGUUGUACCAGAAGGACAUGGUGACUAACAUGAAGCAACUUGUAUAUAUCUAUGGAGACAUGUUGAACACUGUCGGCUCAGCAGUAAAAGUCUUCCAGCUGCUUGAUAGGAAGCCACAAAUGAGAGAGGCAGAAGAUCUGGCACCCGAGAAACUCACAGGAAGACUCACUUUUGAAAAUGUCACCUUUUCUUACAGCACACGGCCUGAUAAUAAAGCCCUUGAGUCUGUGACUUUAGAAUUGAGUCCGGGGAAGGUGACAGCAUUGGUGGGACCUUCUGGUGGUGGGAAGACUUCUUGUGUUUGUUUGCUGCAGCGAUUUUAUGAACCACAGGAGGGUGAGGUGUUGCUGGAUGGAGAACCUCUAUAUCGCUAUCAACACAAUUACUUCCACCAAAAGGUGGCGAUGGUAUCCCAGGAUCCUGUGCUUUUCUCUGGCUCCGUGAGACAUAAUAUUGAGUACGGAUUAGAGGAUUGUUCCCUCGAAAGAGUCAAAGAAGCUGCUCGGAAAGCCAAUGCACACCAGUUCAUAUGCAACCUAGAGCAGGGAUAUGACACGGAUGUUGGUGAAUGUGGUGACCAGCUGUCUGCAGGACAGAAGCAGUGUAUUGCUUUAGCCAGAGCUCUGAUAAGGAAACCGCAGAUUCUGAUCUUAGAUGAGGCAACCAGCCACAUGGACUGCAGCACACAACAAGCAAUUCAAGAUGUGCUCAAUAACAUAACAGAUCAGACAGUAUUGGUGGUAGCUCAUCGUUUGGAGACUGUGGAGAAAGCACACCACAUUAUCUUCAUGGAAGAUGGAAAGGUUGUGGAAGAGGGAACUCACCAGCAGCUAAUGGCUGAUCAGAAUGGAAGAUAUUAUCGACUUAAGGAAAAACUCUUUAAUACUGAGCCACAACCAGCGGAGUGAGACAGACAUUGAU